AUGAACGAUAACGCUAGACGCAUCAACAGUAUUAUUGUUAAAAAUUUGCCAAAAAAUUAUGAUGAAGGUCAACUUGAAGAACUUUUUUCAAAAUUUGGUCGUAUUGUAUCAAGUAAAGUUCUACCAACUAAUCUAAAUUUUGAUGGUGGUUGUGGGUUUGUUAAUUUUGCUGAACAAGAAAGUUGUAUUAAAGCUGUUGAGACUAUGAACAAUUUUUCUAUUGAUCGAUUUACUUUACGUGUUAAUCAUUCAUCAGCACGAUCGGGUAAUACCAAUACUGAGCGACCGCAAAAUGGAUUUCGUAGUAGUGGUGAUUUAAACGAAAACAUUAGUCGCACAUCAUCACCUAGUUUUCAAAAUCGAUUUAGUGGUUUUCGACCAGCAGCAAGUGAACAUUCUCCAACAGAUAAAAUACAAUUCAAACAGAUUGGUACAUCAUCGAAUACGAAUGAAUCAGAUACACUAGUAAAUAGUAAUAAACCAUUAUGGAAUAGUACAAAUAUUGAACAAGAAAAUGAAAAAGAUCAAUUAUGCAACGAACCAAUAAUGAAUAUUCGCGAACAUGAUUCAUUUGUAAUAAAUAAAAAUUAUUGUGUUUAUUUAUCAAAUCUUGAAGUACCAAAUAUAAUAUUUGCAGCAACAUUAGAUGAUUAUGUGAAUGCAACAUUACUGAUAACACAAAUGAAUAAACAUGAACAACUAACAAAAAUUCAAUCUAAUUCUUAUACAUCAAAAUUAGUUGUUGGCCAAUGUUGUGCUGCACUUUUCAAUGGUGAUUGGUAUCGAGCUCGUAUAUUAGAAAUUGAUGAAAAUCGUGUUCAUGUUCAAUACGUUGAUUGGGGAAAUACUGGAUGGUGUGAUUCGAUUCUUGAAAUUCGUCCACUGCCAAAUGAAUAUUAUAAAGAUCCUGUUCUAUGUGUUAAAUGCAUUUUGGAUGAAGUACCAACAGAAAAUAAACCAUCUGAUGAACAAACCAAUGCUAUACUUGAAAUACUCGUUCUUGAUCUUAAACUUGAAAUGACUGUACUGCGUAUUGAAAAUGGUGCUCCAUAUGUUCAACUCAAUUUAGGUAAACGAAAUUUAAAUGCUGAAAUACGUGCUAUAUUACCACAACCAACAGCAGCAGCAGAAAUAAUUUCAAAAGCUUCAGGCAAUGAAGUCAUGAGUUUCGAAGGAAAUAAACCUGAAAUGAAUCCGACAGAAAUUCAUUCUGUACAAUUAACAACAGUCGAUACAGAACCUGAAUGUUUUCAUGUACUAUUAAUGCGCGAUUGUCUUCCGACAAUAAUGAAUCUACUCAAAGAUUGGAAUAUAAAUAAACAACCAUUGACAAAACAACCAGAAGCAAAUAUGCUUGUUUGUGCACAAUAUGACGGUGAUGAUCUUUGGUAUCGAGCAUGGAUUCUAAAUGUUUCUGAAAAAGGAUUUCAUGUAUAUUUUGUUGAUUUUGGUAAUGAGGAGGUUGUUUCAAUGGAUCGUCUUAGCGAAUGUCCAGAUGUUAUACGAAAUAUUCCAUGGCAAAGUGUACAAAUUAAAUUAGCUAAUAUUAAAUUAACUAAUGAAGAACGUUAUAUACUUUUACGAGAUUUUGAAACAGCUCGACUGGAUAUGAAAAUUCUUGGCAAAAAUCAAGAUCUUUAUUCAGUUGACUUAAUCAACAGUGGAAAAUCUCUUACAGAAUGCAUCGUAGAAUUACGUCAAAAGAAAGAGCAACAAGCACAAGUUCCACCAAUAAUCAAUGAAGUAGUCAAAGAGUCUGUUGAAUCGAUUCAACAACCUGUCACUAAAUUGGCUACGCCAACACCAGUAGUUGAUGAAAAUGUAUCACGAACAUUUAAAGAGAAUAUCCGUCCAGUAUCAAUACCAGUGCAUCCAAAGGCCCAAGAGUCCAAACGAUUUGUUGAAACAAAUCAUAGUGAGUAUUUACCGGCACCACCACCAAUUACUACUUCAAAUUCGUCGAUUAAAUUGAAUGCCGAGACUAAACCAUUUUCUUUCCAAGAAAAGCCAAUUGAUAGUACUUCUAAUGAUAAUUUCACAGCCAUGAUUACUGAACAACGUCGACAAAAUCGUCUACUCGAACAAGUCAUUGCAGCAAUCAAUACUACCAAUGCUCUACUUACACAACUUGUUCAACGUUGA